CAAACUGUAAACAAGUUCAAACCAAUAUUAUUUUAUGUUAGUCCUUUUUCUCAAAUUUUCUGCAAGAUCUUUCCAAGUGACCAGAUAAGCGUGUCCCAAAGACCAAUUUAACCUCUAUUCUUGUCAAAUCCUAAUUCUUUGUGAAACUUAUGAGUGAUCAACAAGAAAGACUAUGGACUGCUUUAAUGGAUGAAUCAGAGAUUUUUCCUGUACCAACAUCAGAUGAUAUUCCAACUCAUAGUACUCCAGUUAAGCCCUCCAUUCCACCAUUUACAACAAGGAGUAGAUCCCAUUCCAAGAAAGUAUUAAGUGUUCCUCCACAAGGUUUAUCUAAUCCAUCAAGCUCCUCUCAUAUACCUUCAACUCUUUCACUUAAACACUAUAAUGAGGCACAUUCUCUAAAAGAUUAUGAAGAUAAAUAUGGAUCUUAUUUACGGGACAUAGAUAAAACACCACAGAACAAGGAUGUACCUGAAGAGGACAAGAAAUAUGUACAAAUAUUCAAGGAUGUUUAUAAAGAGGAAAAGAAAUGUGUACAAACAUUAAAGGAUGAUAAUCUUAUCUCAUUACCAGAUCAUUCAAAAAAAAUGAGACAUGAAAAUCAACAUUCAGAAAACUCUAAACAUCUUGGUUUAAAUACAUCAGAUUCAAAAACUGGAACCAGAAAUCAUCACAACCAUAGCAGACCAAUUUAUUCAAUCAGUUCACAAUUAACUAACAACCAAUCCUCUAAGGUACCUGUAGGUGUAGAUGAUUCUUUUCAUGGUCUGUUUAAUAAACAUUCUGUUGGUACAAAAAUUGAACAUUCUGCAAACCAUGUGAAGGAGUUGUUUAAUUUUAAACCAAAAGAUAAAAAAGAGGACAGUUCAAAGAGAAAAAACAUGAAUCAUACUGGGUCAUUCAGAGUUCAGACUGACAGAAAUGAAGUUGCUGAUAACAAUGACAAUGCUCCCGGAAGUCCAAGGGGUUACUUUCGUCAUGGUAAUGGAAAGCUGACAGAACAGUUUUCUUUAAGAGGAAACAGUUCAAGUAUGGAUACAUCAACUAUAAAUAAACAAAGAUGUGAGAUUCAGAUGCUGGUUGCUGAGUUGAGAGAUCGUGAUCGAGAGCUAAAUGAGAUGACUCAAGCACAUCAGCAUCAGUUACAGGCAUGGGAACAGGACAGGCAUAGGCUGUUAACACUUGAAGAAAAAUGUCAUCAGUAUCAAGAGGAGGUCAAGCACAGAACUAAACAGUUAAGACAAGCAAUUGCACAGCUGAGGUCAAUGAGAAAUGAAACUACAUCACAAAACUCAACAUUGGAGACAACACAAGAUCAACUGAAUAAAAUCACAGAGGAAAAUUCUAGACAGGUCAAAUAUGUACAGGAUUUAAAGGAUGAAAAUAUAAGAUUAAGAAGUGUAUUAAAAGACAUAUCCAGUAUAAAGGGACAGUUUCAAGCCAAAGAACAGGAGCUUCUCACUAAAAUUAAACUGAAGGAUAACGAUUUAGAACUGGCUACAGCUCAAAUAAAGGAGUUAAGUGACAGAUUACGCCAAUUAGACAUCAGAGCAAGGGAGUGUCUGGAGAAAGAGCUAGAAUCAGUUAAUCAGACAAACCACUGGAAGGAUCAGUAUAUAGAAAUGAAAAAUAAUCUGAAGGAAUCUAGUGAGGUUUUAAAGAAAAAAGAUGAGGAGUUACAAAAUCAGAUGACAAUAACAGACCAAACUAAACAAGUGCUAGGAAAUUUACAGGAUGAGUAUAACAGUAGAGAGAAAUGUAAGGACCAGUUGAUUGAAUCUCUAAAAUCAAAACAGACAAGAACAGAUUCACAGCUAAAGCAACUUAGAGAGUUGUUUGAGAGACAGCAGAGGGAACUGACUCUGUUACAGUUGAAUUUGGAAAGUUCUAAAGAAGUUAUACAUAAGCAACAAAGUAGUUUAGAAGAAUUGAGUGCUUCAAGAAGUUGUUUCUCUUGUAGUAAAUCAUUCAGUCGAAUAACAGCAGAUUUAUCUCCACAACAAACUUUUGCAGAAUCCAUGAAGCAAAAACGAUCGCUUUCUCCCUCAAUACAUUACUCUGAAAAAUAUAAAACUCCACAGUCUGAACAUGUACAAAAGGCUAUGUUAGCAGACAUUGAAACUUUUGCAUAUGAACCAUCAAAAGAAAAUAUAAAUGACCAGAAUAAUCUGAUGAUAUAUGAUGAAAGGGAGACAAUUCAAGAGGGUGAAACUGGUGAAAAUAAUAUUAAAAAAAGGUUUGAUCAACAUUUGCGCAAUUUAAGUGGUGAAGCAACAAUAGAUGAUAAGUAUGUUGAGGAUAAACAGGAUUAUGGACAGUUUUUUGGUGCUAAGGAAAGUGGAAUAAGUAGUUUAACUAGGGACAGUGGAAUAAGUGGGACACACCAAGUUGACUUUACUGUUCAACAAAUGUCCUCAUCCAGGAGACAGAGAGUUUCUUUUGAAGAAAAGUUGUCCAAUUAUCUAGAUGAUGAAGAUGAUGAAGACAAUAAUUUGAAUAAUAGUUUUAAUUUAGGAAGUCCAAGAAAAGAGGUGGAGGCCUCACCAUCCAGUAAGUUGCAGAAGCUGUUAUUAGAAUCUCGACAGAUGAUAGCUGGUCUAGAGAAAACAGCAAAAAUUAGCAUUAGAGAGGAAGAAGAUAAGAAAAAUGGUGAAUGUAAGGAUGAAAUAAAAUAAGGAAAUUUUCAUAAUCUUAAACACGGUUUGCAAAAAUAUACUUAUUUUCAAGAAAAAUGCAGAGCACGCCAGUCUACUCAUUGUCAUUGGAACUUUCAAUAUCAAAAUAAUGUGCUUAGUUAAUAUUACUAUUCAAAGUUUUGUCUGUUCUAGCCAAAAAAAUAAAAUGUUAUAAGAGAAAAACAUAAUUUACAAAAAUGAUUACCCUUUUAUAGCUUUGAUUGUUUUUAACAGUUCAGGGCAUUUUGAUUAUUCCAUAUAAAUCUAUGUUCAUUGGAGUUUAUUUGCAUUAUUUGUGUAUUUCAAAAUGAAGUCCCUUUGAAUUUACUUUAUUGACAUACAGUUUUAAUAUAACUGCAUGUCAUUUGAUUUUGGCGGUAAUUUUUCCUAUACUUGACUGAAUUAGCUAUGUUUAUAUAUUUAUGGAGAGAAAUUUCACAUUUUCCUGUGAUAUAUACAGCAAGUAGAAAAUGAUUUUAGGUUGAUAUAUUAGGAAGUUGUUUGUACAGCCUAGUAGUGAACUUAUUUUACUAAAAUAACCUAUAACCUGCUAUCCUCUUUGUUUCUUAAUAUGUUGACUUGGUCAUUUUUGUCGAGCCUGAGACAUAGGGAUCCUAGAUUCCGUUGUCCACGUCAACAGUGUCAACAUUUAGGUUCAGUCUGUGGUAAAAAGUUUUUUUCCAGUGCUAAAUUUUGAAAAUCUUUAUUUUCAUUUUUCUGUACUUUACUGAUAAAUGGACUUAUAUAAAAAUAUGGAUAUCUGGUGUGAUUGCCAAUGAGACAACUAUCCACCAAAGUUCAAAUGAAGUGGAUGUUAGUAAUUAUAGGCAACCGUACAGUCUUCAACAAUGAGAAAAUAGUUUUUUACAGUUAACAAGCUCAGUCUGAGGUUAAAGUUUUUCAGUCAUCAAUAACUUUGUCAAACCUUCAUGGAAUAUUAUGAAAUUUAGACAGAAGCUUGUUAAGGACCAAAAUAAAGUAUCCAGAGCAAAAUUUCAUUUUUUUUUGUAUUUUACUGAUAAAUGGACUUAGUUUUUUUUUACAAAGUCCUCAUCUUUCUUAACUGUAAUAGUUACCUUAGUUACUCAUUUUAUUGGUUCAUUGAUAAACAAUUCAAUAUUUCAUUCAGUCUUAAGCACAAAUGCAGCUGAGAUACUUCAGCAUGAUUACUCUUGUUUAAAUGGAUACAACCAGAAUAUUUUUAUUUUCAUAGAUCAGAAUUUGAAGAGAAUAUAUUGAAUAGGGCAAUACUUUAUGUCGAAUUGUUAAUUUAUUUUUAUAUUUUUAUUUAUUUACUUAUAAGAAAUAAAAUCAUUUUAAAGCAG